AUGGCAUUUCGAUACUUUGCAAGCCUCCCGCUGGAGCUCCAGAUCAAGAUAUGGCAGGCCUAUGUGCACCCCGGGCCGGCCAUGCACAUCUUUGACGUGUGUUAUCCAUCAUGGAAAGGGGACAAACGUACCGAAAAGGCCUUCCAGCCAUUAAGGGAUAGCAAAGAAGGAGAGAAGAAGCUCAAAGAGUACAAAAACAAGGUGUUUCUUGAUCGUAUGGACACUAUUGGCCCAAAAAGCGUGUUCGAUCCAAGCAUGUAUCAUGCGACUGCGACGUCGAGGCUGGUCAGCCGUCUUACGGAGCGAACCGUCCGAGAAACAGAGACCAAGCAAGAUAUGAACGAGAUCCAUCUUGCUGGUCGAGGUCAAAAGAUUCCCAUCCCGGCGUCGGAUGUCCUGAUGUUGCGCAUUCGCCAAGAUCCAUCCGACCAUUCAAAUUUACACACCGAGACACUUCUCUGUCCACCACCCAUCAAGGACAUCCUGGAGAACCAGUGGUCAACCGAGCUAGCUUCAGCCUUGCGAGGCGCGAAGAAGAUAGCCAUUGAUGUGAGCGAAACGUGGGCGACGGGCUUGUACGGCGAGUUGGGUCUCGAGGAGAUUGCCUUUUUUGCGUGCACGAUCCAGAAAGAUCUCGAGGUGCUGUAUCUAGUAGAUGAGUGUGCUGGGCGAUGUCAGCGGUGCCGAAGACAGAAUGUCAAAAUGGACGAUAUCCGGAAGCGUGACGCCCUAUGGGAAGGUCUACGAACGAAAGACAUUAAUGACGACGAUCGACCAGGCGAUAUCAUCAACGCCGUUUCGAGACGCUACGUUGAAGCGACGAACCUCGCCGCCCUGGGAUGGGAUGAGGAACACCCAUCGUAUCUCUUUGCUUGUUUGAUUGACACCGCUAUCAAGACCCAGCAAGAAGGCACGGAUAGAGGCAAGUUUCAGGGUGUCAGAGUGUUGGUGGUAGAAGAUGAGUGA